AUGGAGAAGUUUAAUACCAUCAGCCAGAUCAAGACUAAGGGUAGAUUGCGCAACAGCCCAACAAUUGCUCAAAUGCAAGUUAUGGUGGAAGCUGAAGAAAACCCAGUCCCUACUCGUUUCAGCACCACCCAGGGGCAGCACCACCCACUUUGGGGAACACUGGGCUACACCACGGAGGAGAAUCCCAUUCCACCUCUGCUCAAGAAUUAUUCCUAUGAGGCAGAGAAAGUCAGAAAAGAAGAGCAGAACACAAUAACACCGUGGAACGCACAGAAAAAUGCUGAAGCAAAGGUCCCAGCUUUCAGGAACAGGACCUGUGUGAGUCUUGUGCCAGCAGAAAUGUUGCUAAUUUGCUCUGGGCCUCAGAUUCUGCCUGCAAAGCUCAGGAUAAGAACAUUACAGCUGGAGUGGUUCGGGGACGCAGCUGAUACCAUUAGCACCUGCCACAGUUUAAACCGUUGGAAAAUGGAACUCAGGGAUCAAGGUGAUGUCGCUUUGGGAUCUUCUGUGAGUCGUAGGCAGGGUGAUAUGUGUGGACAAUUCUGGAGCAGAUUGAGAAUACUGCAUUGGAGCUCGACCAUCUGUGACUCAUCCUCGACUCCGUGCAAAUCUGUCUCUGGCAUGGAGGCAGAAAACCGUUCCUAG